GUCUCGCGUUACCGCUGCACAAAUCUCGCCUGUGGCACUUACCAGGAAGCGAACGGCGGAAAUACAGAUCUCUUAAAUCCACCUCACACUCAGCGCUCACCAUCAUUCAACAGAGUCGACAUUGCCUUCACUGACAAUGCCAGCCGAGUAGAAAGCGGACGUUUUCAACAAAAACCGGUGGACUGCUUUGAAGAGACUAUGUUGUCGCGUUGAUGUACCAACCAGGACGGAUAACGAGCCAAUGACCGAGCUGAGAGCGCCCUGUCUCUGUAAACACCGGUACGUCCAACAACAACCAAGCCUUACUUUUAAAUGCAUAUGUGCCGAAACACAUGCUAGAAAAACAGACAGAAAAGACUUAAAAUGUGGCAGAUAUUAAUGACUACAGAAAACAAAUCCUCCGAUCAUGAUGUGCAUAAAACAGAUGCAACCAUGUGGAUAUUUGACAGCAAGUGAGGGCGAUCAAUCGUGUUAAAGUGUUAGAAAUGACCUCUUGUCUCUCUAUUAUUGUUCAAAUGGUACUUAUCUUCUAUUAUUUGCAAUAAAACUAAAAAAAUGAGGAUUCUUGAAGUCAAAAUAAGGUAGGCAAAUACAUCGGUGAUGUAACAAGUGGUCACCAUUAUCAGUCUAAUCUUAACCCUAGAACACUAUCAUUAAAAUAAGUAACACCAUCACUAUCGCAGGGUGAUUUUUACCCGAAACAAUAUACCCAAUAAAAAUUACUUGUCAUCAAAAUAGGAGAAUACAUGACAAAUUAAAGUAGUUUUCUUUUAUUUUUGACUGUGCAAUGUCCAAAGGGAGGGGAAAAAGUGCCAUUGAAAAAUGCAACAAAAUAACUGAAAUUAGGCAUUCAUUAACAAAAAAAUCCUAAAAUAUAUACAUAAAUUGAAACUGUAAACUUAGUUUCUUUUCCACCCAUUCCUGGGGCUUGUGAGUCUUCCCUGGUGAAGACUCAGGGUCCUUCGCACAAUAACAGCUGCAGGAGAGAGAACCAAAAUAUGACAGAUUUUGAGUGAGUACAAAUCAAUCAAUUAAUCAAUCAAUCAGUCUUUAUUUAUAUAGCACUUGUCAUACAUAACAUGUAGCACAAAGUGCUUUACACAGAAAAGGAAUAAAAGAAACAAAGAAUACCCCCCAAAAAAUCAUUGGCGACAGUGUUCUAGGGUUAAAAUAAAAGCUGCAUAAGUCUGUGUCUCCUAUCAUUUAAUGUAAUGCUCUGUAAAGAUGCAAGGAGGUCCCUUUUCUUUUCACAUGUCGUUGUAGCUGUCUUUACUCUAGUUUAGCAAUCACAAAACUGGAUCAACAAGUUGUGAAAUGUGUUCUUAACCAGAUGUAUCAUUUACCAAACAAAGCCUUGAUUUUACGCAUUAAAGCAUGUGCUUGUAUAACUUUUUUCGUAAGACUUAGGAUGGCAGUGUUAAUAGUAAUGAAGCUCUAAAUAUGUGAAUGUUUUUAUGUUUCUACAUUUCUUUUUGCAUAGUAUUUAUAAUUUACCUCCAGGACAUCACUUCAUUUAUUGACUCCAUCUCUUACUCCUCAUUUUCAGACAUAUGGCCCCGCUCCACAGCAGUUUGACAGAGACAACAUAAGGGGCUGACACCAGCAUAAUGUUUCUGAAAACAUCAUUCACCACCCUGAUUGUGGGGGUGUUUGUGGUGUACGUGCUCCACACCUGCUGGGUGAUGUAUGGAAUAGUUUAUACGAAACCCUGUGACAGGCCUAAAAGUGACAACUGUAUCACACCCUUCCUGGCAGGGAAUCCAAAACUACAGGUCAGUAAAUGAGGACAGGAGUCAGUGGAUUUGUUCCCCCACUUUCUGGUUCUCCUCCACUGUGUUUUUUUUGUUAGUGUGUUGGUGUUGUGGCCUGCAGUAAGCUGUAUGACUGUAAUAUUACCUUAGUGUUUCUCUGUGUGUUCAGUUAAGUAUCUACACUGCACUGCGGCCCAAUGCAGAGGGAGGCCAUACACUGAUCCAUAAAGAGGAAGAAUUUGAUAUCAACACAAAGUUUGAGAGGUUGGUUUCGAUCUCAUGUUUAAGAUUUUGACUUGGUAUGAGAAAACGGUUACAACAAACACAGAAAAUGAAUUGUUUUUGAAGUGAUGCGAAAACAGAUAUUAAUACACAUGUUUAGUGAGCCAUGUUUGCAGAAACAACAACCCUACUUUAAUCAAGGAUUUCCAAGAAAUCCCGUUGACAUACUGACAUAUAAGCCUUAAUCUCAUACACGUUGUAUUUUAAUCCGAAACUCUUCCUCCUUUUUUUCCUCCUUCCUUUUCUCUCGCUCCCUUUUUUAGGAUCGUAAAUGUGUCUCUCCCUAAGAAGACCCGCAACAAUGGGACUUUAUAUGCACUAAUAUUUGUCCACCAGGCUGGCUUCACCCCAUGGCAGGAUCCACGACAGGUCCACUUGGUGGCUCAUCUUACAACAUACAUGGUCCCAAAACAGCCUGAAAUCUCUUUAAUAUCAGGAGAGGAUAAAACACAGGUGCGAAGAUAUUCAACAGCUGACCUCAUUAAAUUUGAGCUCCAAUGUAACACCUGCAUAGUAUUAGAGGAGGAAUUCGGUAUCUAAUUAGGUGUUUGAUUUGAGAGGUUAAUUCCUUUGCAUGACUUUGUCUGUGUGAUUACAGAGUCAGGCAGAAGACUCCCCGAAAAAGAAACAGCGUGCCGCUUCGGGGGAUGGUUCUACAUCCACAUCAGAUCACCCAGUUUCUCACUGGCGCUCGCGCUUGACACUUAACGUUGUCGGGGACCACUUUGUGUUUGAUAGAGAAUACCUGCCCAGCGAUGUCCACCGAUACCUCAGAGUGUAAGACACAUAUGCAGAUAAAACACUGUCUUAGAAUAAAAAAACGAGUGGGUCGGAUCUUUGAAACAGUUGUAGAUGUGGGAUGCUGUGCACACUGACACAUUUUGGCAGUUAAAAUUGGUAAAAAUGAUUUGAAUCCAGAGGCAGCGGAGGAUGUUUCAUUCUGUCUGUUUUUCAGAUUCCAAAAUGGUAAAAAGAUGGUCUAUCUACCUCUGCUGUUUGUUGAUGAGCUCAGCAACCGGGUCAAAGACCUUGUGGUAAGCUCUAACUUUUUAAAUGAAUAUCACAUAAUGGCUGUUUGGCUGAUUUUAAAAUGCAGUAUUAACUCUUGUUUUGAUUUUUGAUCAAAACUUGUUAAAAUCAAAUUUAAAAGACUAAAAGACUAUUUGCUGUAGACGUUUAAAGGCCUAAACGCACCUCAAACAAUGUGGACUCUACAAGAUUUGAUCAAGUUAGGUUUUAGAUUUAACAUUCAACCUCUCUGAGAUUAUUUGAAAAUGAUACACACAUAUGAAGGAUGAUUAUGUUUGUGUGAUUAUGUGUGUAUUUGUAGGGGAUCAACAGCACCUCCACAGAGCUUCCUCUGACCAUCUCCUAUGACUCAAUCUCUCUGGGGAGGUUGAGAUUCUGGAUCCACAUGCAAGAUGCUGUUUACUCUCUGCAGCAGUUUGGUAUGUUAAACUCUCUUUCUCUCAUAUACAAACUUUGUAGAAGCCCUUUGCUGUAAUAACACAUAUCUAUCUCUAUGUCUGUCUGUCUCCCUGUGUGUGUUGCAGGUUUCACAGAAAAAGACGCUGAUGAGAUUAAAGGAAUCUUUGUGGAUACAAACCUGUACUUCCUGGCUCUGACCUUCUUUGUUGCUGCCUUCCAUGUAAGACUCAAAUCACAGCAUUUCACUACAUGCCAUUACAAAAAUCGUACUGUGACUGAAAAGCAGAGGAGACCCAUAGAGAAAUCUGAUUUUGAUUUCUUGACAUAGCAGUGCCUGAAUAAAAUUAAGAAUAGUUGGAUUUUGCAUCAAGUUGAUGACUUCAUCCAGCACAUAAACGAAACAGGACUGUUCCAGCUUUAAACUCAAACAUGUAUGAAGUCACAGUAAUUUAUGGUGCAACACUUGAGGUUGCUGCUCAGUCCAAACAUGAUAAGCUCACUCAACUGUGUAUUCUUGAAUUGAAUAACUAGCAAGUAGCUGAAUCAGUUAUUGAAAGUUGGAUUUUUGAGCAGUGUGCACAAAGUGAUUCAAACUUUACCCACUCUUGCUUGAUUCUCAAAAAAAAAAAAUACAUCAGCAAAAUAAAAAGAAGCACAAAAAUACUUUCUGGCACUUUGAUAAGUAAUAAAUCUGUGUUGUAUCUUCUGUUUUCUCUUCAGCUCCUGUUUGACUUCCUGGCGUUUAAGAAUGACAUCAGCUUCUGGAAACAAAAGAAAAGCAUGGUGGGGAUGUCCAGCAAAGCAGGUUGGUCAUUUUUCCUUCAUUGUCUUGAUUCACUUACACAUUGCUCAAACAUGUUUAGUCACUAUAUCAAUAAGGGAACAAAACAAUAACAAAGUGUGAAAUGUUACGAAAUUCAGCUGCAUACUUACUGUGAUCUGAUCUGUUAACAGUGCGUUUUAAUUUCAGUGCAACAGUGGUUACCAAAGGUUCCUCUGACACAUGAAGACGAGUAGAUUUGGAGUUCAUAAGAGAAAAAAAUGUCAAAACUCUGAAAAUACAUUAUUUGUGCUUGUUUCAUUUUUUUCAGUGCUCUGGAGAUGUUUCAGCACGAUUGUGAUUUUCCUCUAUUUGUUUGAUGAGCAGACCAGCCUUCUUGUCCUCAUACCUGCUGGUAUCGGCUCGAUCAUUGAAGUGAGUACACAGAGACUGGAAUAGUCCUGUGAAAGCCUUAGAUAAUUAAUUACUCAGAAAUACUAAAGUUUCUUUGCUUAAUGCCACUAUUCAGAGAAUUGAAUGAACAUUUACCUGCUUGACAUUAAGCUACAGCUUUAUAAACCACGACAGAAUCAAUUUGAUUUUUGUUUGAAAAUAGGUUCCUGUUGGUAAAUGUUGUUUCUGCUCGUUUCAGGUUUGGAAAGUAAAGAAGGCCUUCAAGAUUCAGGUUUUCUGGAAAGGAGGCAAACCAACAUUCUUGGUAUGUCUCUGUGAAUGCGUUCGAUCUAGAUAUCAGAAUUUUUCUCGAUAGGGAUCAGAUCUUGCUGCUCUUGGUUUCUGUCUACUGGUCGACUGUUAGUUAAUGGUACUUGAGUUUAUAUGUGGGACAAAAGAACCAUUUUCUCUGUCAUGCAAAAGCCAUACUUUUUGACUGCGAUAAACAAGUAAUCCAAACAGAGGUCUGAAUGCAAUGGUAUAGUUAGAAUAAAACACAUGUUAUAGAUUACACCUGGAUUUAUAUUCAGAUUGAAAAAUCUGCAUUUAUCAGAUCCAGACACACUUACAGCUGUAAAGUUAGAGUAAAUCUGUGUGAAGACGUGUGUAAAGAGUGAAUUUAUGUUUCUCUUUUCUUUCUGUGGAACAGUUUGGGAAGUUAGAUGAAUCUGAGAGGAGAACAGAGGAGUACGACACCCUGGUAAGACACUUGAGAGUCACACACCCAGGUCGCAGGUUGUUUAAACUAAAUGUGUGAUAUUCUUAUGUUACUUGUGUUUCUCCAUAGGCCAUGAAGUAUCUCUCAUACCUCCUGUACCCGUUGUGUAUUGGCGGGGCGGUGUACGCGCUAAUAUUUCUACGAUACAAGAGGUAGGGGUUCAUGUGUAAACAAAACAUACACACUGUAAUUAAAAAACACAUUUUUUCUAAAGUGCUGCUGAUGUUGUCAAAAGAAUAACAUGAUAUUAUCUGUUUUAGCUGGUACUCAUGGCUGAUCAACAGUCUGGUUAACGGUAUGUUUGUCUUUGAAUCUGAUUACUGUAUUAACAGGAUUAAGGCAAUUAAUACUUGAAUGUUAUUUGACUGAAAGAAAAGACUUUUUAAAAUAUGUUUGAUUAUUUCAGGAGUGUACGCUUUUGGCUUCCUCUUCAUGCUUCCUCAGCUGUUUGUCAACUACAAGGUCAGUUUAGCAUAAUGAAAGGAAAUGUGAGAUCGGUCCUUGUUCCACUGAUAUUUUUAACACAUUUAAGAAAAAAAAAACUUUUUAAAAGCAUUUGCGCAGCAGGAACUGUUUAAUAAAAAUGUUGAAGGCCAAAAUAAGACCCAUUUACACUCACUGUUACUCACACAGUGUGUCUCUUUGGAGUCCAACAAAGAUGUGGUACUCAUUUCCUUCUUAAUUAAAAUUUACAUCCACGUUGACCAGCUUGCUGUCGUAAUUGCAGGUGUCACUACCACCUUUAUAUGAGCAAUGAUGUUUAAUAUUAAACAAUAUGCCUGUGCAUCACCAUGCACCAUGGACCAAAUACACAAAAUGAGAAGCCAACAAUAUAAAACCACUUAUAUGGUGGCAAUAUUAACAUUCUACAAUUACUAAAAUGUAGGUAUUUAUUUUUCUGCUGAUGUUUUCUAUCUGAUACGCUACAAUUUUAAUAAUUUAUCUUUUUAACUUGACAGCUAAAAUCUGUGGCCCACCUGCCCUGGAAAGCCUUUAUGUACAAGGUAAGAACACAACUUUGAUAACCUGUUAAUUUAGAUUAUGUGUACUAACGAGUGAAGUUAGAAUAAAUGGGUGGACUGUAUUUGGAUAUGCUGGGAAUUUAGAAGUCUGUCUUUGUAUUAAGUUUAGUAAAGAAUCAUGUUUGGUUUGCAACAGAUAUUCAAAUAUAAAAUAACUUUAUUGAAAUUCGCUGUCAACAGCAGUAUUUGUUUACUGAUGCAUUUGAUGUUACAGGCUUUCAACACCUUUAUUGACGACGUGUUUGCCUUCAUCAUCACCAUGCCAACGUCCCACAGACUGGCCUGUUUUAGAGAUGAUGUGGUGUUUCUCAUUUACCUCUACCAGAGAUGGUACACACACACACACACAUGCACGCACCUCAUGAUUUUCCUUGAUUCCUCAGUCCAUGACAGAGUUUUCUAACAUUAGACUGUCUCUUUCUCCAGGCUCUACCCUGUCGACAAAACAAGAGUUAACGAAUACGGAGUUUCUUACGAUGAAGAUAAACCCAAAGGAAAGAAACACAAGGACUAGAGAGGAGAGACAGAUUUUUGGCUUCCACAGUGUGGUACCAGCAAGUUUUGUCUGCAGUUCACUGGUAACCACUGAUCUUGUUUGGCAUCAUUCACUUACCGUCCCACUACCCGCCUUAUUGCUGUCCGGGGGGGUUCUUCUUUUUGUUUUGCGCUGUGUGAAAGGAAAGAAGGGUCGAUCAGCUACAUCUUCAACCCAUUUCAGUCGAUACAGUUUGUAAAACACCCAGCUCACAGCAAAUAGUCAGUCUCUUACAGUUCUGAGUUAACGAGUUUCUGAAUGAGUAGACUGCUGACUGUGGUCUCUUUUCUUCAAUGUUUACUUGUGCCAUAGAUUCUGUCUUGGUUUUCUUCAAACACCAGUCCAUAAAAAGGGAUUUUUAUACUUUUAAUAAUGAUGUGUUUACAAUGCAAAAUGAACUGACGUGGUAAGGUAUAUUCUCAUUCCAAUAGGUCCAGGUGUGAUACAUGUGAGAAUUCAGGAAAAGUACCAAGUCAUAAUUAUUGCUUGGGCUUUGAUUUUAAUUGUACUUGGAAACUUAAGUUGCUACACAGAGACAGAAGAGCUGAAUUGAAUGAUGGUUAGGCAGCACAGAAAUGGGAGGACAGCAAGUAGAUGUAAGGACAGAUGAUGUUUCAUUGUUGCACUCUGAAAAUGCCGUUCAUCACUUACCUCUCAGAAACUAUAAAUAUGUGCAUAUUUUUUAUCCCAAAUUAACAGCGUUAACAGAUGAGUUUCCACACUGUAUAUAAACCUAGAGACACAAUCCAGAGUGACAGACUGUGUUAAAGUGAAAAUAAACAGUUAAGAGCUAAGAUAUCUGCGGAAGGAGUUGAAGAAAAAAGACACUUAUUAGGAAGAAAAAAGUCUUGUUAUUUUAAGAUACAUCAUUUUAACAUCUACAGUCUUUCUUCUGGCUUUAUUACUCAUGAGUUUAAGCCUAUGACAGCUAGUAAAAUAUUCCAAUUUGUGUCUGUGGUGAAGAGAAUGAACUUCCUAAAAGCUCAAAAUCAUUAAAUGCAGUCGAAGCAGCCAUGAGACUCUGAUAUGUUGCUGCAGAGAUUGAAUAUUUAAAACUUAAACCUUAAAAUCUCUUAAUCUUCUUGGUUAAACUAUUCCACCUGUCCCCUGCUGUAUCCACACUAUGAAUAACGCUGAUUGAAUUCCACUGUAACAUAAGGGACCUCUCAGUCAUUCUCUCCUUUCAGUCCAGCCGUUUUACCUGCUUGAGUAUUUUUUACACAUCAGGGCCAAGAUAACAUUUUAGUGCCAAAUGUGAGAAUUACACUGAAUAGUUUUUGAAUUUUGAACUUUCACCAUGGUUGGUCAAUUUGAUGUUUUUUUUUAAAAGACCCAGACAUUGUGGAAAGAACAGUAAACGGUUAGAAUUGAGAAGUAUUAUGACAUCUGAAUUUGCUUGCCAUAGUUCUAAUGUUAUGUUCUGAAUUUUGAUCUUAAAUAGAAAGACUUGACUUGGAAUCAGCAUACACCAUAUGCAGAUAUCAGGAUAAGGUCUGUGCACAAAGAUAUAGUACAGGUUUUCUCUUCCGUGUAAAAGCAGCUAGGAGAGACCUACCAGAAAUUUGCCUUGAAAUGGUUUUACUUACUGUUUUUGUUUAUGUUUUUGAUGGAGAUGGAAUAAAGUGACUGACUUAAAGCUGUAUGGGAUGAAUUCA